AUGUCGCUUCAGGAUCUCAUCCCGGUGGUCAACAAACUCCAGGAUAUCGUCACCUCCACGCAGUUGGCCGAUAUCGACUUGCCUGUUUUGGCGGUCGUCGGUUCCCAGUCGUGCGGCAAGCUGUCUGUAUUGGAGAACAUCGUGGGAAAGGACUUUCUCCCUAGGGGCACAGGAAUCGUCACCAGAAGGCCAUUGGUGUUGCAGUUGAUUCACGUGAACCCGGAUGAUGCUAUAGUGCACGAGUACUCGCCGCUGGACUUGGCUCAGCAAGGGGCUUCUUCGUCUGAGGUGAGUUUGGAGGAGCACUUGAGGAGGAACACCCGUAACGGGUCUGGGUCUGCGGAGACGUCGAACGGGUCGGUUAAUGGACCUCCUACCGAGUGGGGUGAGUUUUUGCAUAUCCCAAAUAAAAGGUUCUAUAGCUUCGCUGAUAUCCGGAAGGAGAUUGAGCUGGAGACCUUGAGGAUCGCCGGCCAGAAUAAGGGCAUCUCGCGUUUGCCCAUCAACCUUAAGGUUUACUCGACCAAGGUACUUAACUUGACCUUGGUGGACUUGCCGGGCCUUACCAAGAUCCCUAUUGGCGACCAGCCCACCGACAUUGAAAAGCAGACCCGUUCGUUGAUCUUAGAAUACAUCCAGAGGCCUAACAGUAUCAUUUUGGCUGUUUCUCCUGCUAACGUCGACUUGGUCAACUCUGAAUCGCUUAAGUUGGCCCGUCAGGUCGAUCCGACCGGUAAGAGAACUGUUGGUGUCUUGUCCAAGCUCGACUUGAUGGACCAGGGCACUAACGCUUUGGAUAUCUUGAAGGGUAACGUGUAUCCGCUCAAGUUGGGCUUUAUCGGUGUGGUGAACCGUUCUCAGCAGGAUAUUCAAGAUAACAAGCUGCUAGACGACUCGUUGCAGUCUGAGCAACAGUUCUUUGCUAACCACCCGGCCUACCGUUCGUUUGCAAGCAAAUGCGGCACUCGCUACUUAUCUUUGACCUUGAACAAGAUCUUAAUGAACCACAUCAGAGAGCGUUUGCCUGAUAUCAAGGCUAAGUUGAACACCUUGAUGGGUCAGACAGAGCAGGAAUUGGCUUCUUACGGUGACUAUCCAUCCUUGGUUGACUCUAAGGAAGGCCGUGCUGCUUUGCUUCUCAACUUGAUGACCAAAUUCGCUAACAGUGUUGUCAACUCUGUUGAAGGUACCUCUUUUGACGAUGUCUCCAUCAAGGAAUUGUGCGGCGGUGCCCGUAUUUAUUACAUCUACAAUGAGGUCUUCGGCUCUCUGUUGGCAGAAAUCAACCCGACCCAGAACUUGUCGGUCAAGGACAUUAGAACAGCUAUUAGGAACUCUCUGGGGCCUCGUCCUUCGUUGUUCGUUCCCGAGUUGGCUUUUGACUUGCUCGUGAAGCCCCAGAUUAAGCUCUUAGAAGAUCCCUCCCGCAGAUGUGUGGAGCUCGUUUAUGAAGAAUUGAUGAAGAUUGUGCAUCUGAUAUGCAAUGCUGGCAGCAACGUCGACAUGACCAGAUACCCCAAGUUGCAGGCCAAGCUUAUGGAGACGGUGAGUGAUUUGUUGCGUGAGAGAUUAGGCCCUACCAUCAAGUACGUUGAGUCUAUGAUUGAGAUCCAGCAGGCCUACAUUAACACCAACCACCCUAACUUUGUUGGUGCUGCCAAGGCUAUGGCUAUCGUCGUUGAGGAAAGACGCAGACAGCGUGAACAAGAACUGAGAUCUCGUAUGAGAAUCGCCACGCUGAAGAUCUUGAACAAGCAGAAGGAAUCUGAUGACUCGGAUGAAACCGAGGCGGAGCUUCCUAACGGCGACGUCGAACCCAAAGAUCUCGACAUUGACCAAGUGGAUGACGAAGUCAAGCCACCAGUCGUUCACAAGCAUAAAAGAAGUGACUCUGUGAAGACACUGAAGACUCACAAGUCGGAUAUCACGAACCACGGCCACGAGUCUUACUUCAACUACUUCUUUGGCAAGGACCCUAUCAUGCAUCAACAACACUUGCAAGCGCAAGCCCAAUUGAACCCUACACCGUUCAAGUUCCCCCUGCCUCAGGAACCUACUUUGCAAUUCAACAACAACUUCAUCAACAACGGCGGUAACGUUCACGCCGAUAUGAAUAGUCUCAGCCUCGAAGAAUCGUCGCACAAGUCCCAUCCUUCUGAAACCGAAAACGGCCAUGUUCAGCAUCUCGAGCACGGUGAAGAGGAUAACCUCAAUGAACUCAACGAGCGCGAGCAGCUAGAAUGUGAGUUGAUCAGAAGGUUGAUCGUGUCGUACUUUGGCAUUGUCAGAGAGAUUGUCCAGGACCAGGUGCCCAAGUCGAUCAUGUGCCUUUUGGUGAACUACAUCAAGACCAAUAUUCAGAACAGACUCGUGGUGAAGUUGUACAACGAAAAGUACUUUGACGAGUUGCUCCAGGAGGACGAGUCCAUCCAGAUGGAGAGAGAGAAGUGCAUUAACUUGUUGAAGACUUACAGAGAGGCAUCGAAGAUCAUUAGUGAUGUUGUUUAA